GGGCUUCUGCUGCGAGGGGUAUCCGAGUUGCCGAGCCGCCCGCUCCUCGCCGCCUGCCGGUUGGCCGGCCCACCCACCUUCCCUCCCACCCUGAUGCCCUGGGAGUUUCCCGGCCGUCGCCACGGGCCCUGAAUCCUAAUGUACCUGGCUAGCUGGUGGUAAGCAGGGGCUUUGGGGCCAACGUGGUGGACUCCCCAAGAAACCAAUGGAUGCGUUCACGGGUUCGAGUCUCAAGAGGAAGUUUGAUGAUGUGGAUGUGGGCUCGUCAGUUUCCAACUCAGAUGAUGAGAUCUCCAGCAGCGACAGUGCUGACAGCUGUGACAGCCUCAAUCCUUCCACGACCUCCAGUUUCACACCCACAUCCAUCCUGAAGCGGCAGAAGCAGCUACGGAGGAAGAAUGUACGCUUUGACCAGGUGACUGUAUACUACUUUGCCCGGCGCCAGGGUUUCACCAGUGUGCCCAGCCAGGGUGGUAGCUCUCUGGGCAUGGCCCAGCGCCAUAACUCUGUACGCAGCUACACGCUCUGUGAGUUUGCACAAGAGCAGGAGGUGAACCAUCGAGAGAUUCUGCGUGAGCACCUGAAAGAGGAGAAACUCCAUGCCAAGAAAAUGAAGCUGACCAAGAAUGGGACAGUGGAGUCAGUGGAGGCUGAUGGCCUGACACUAGAUGAUGUUUCAGAUGAAGAUAUUGACGUGGAAAACGUGGAAGUAGAUGAUUACUUCUUCCUUCAGCCUCUGCCUACCAAACGGCGACGGGCCCUGCUGAGGGCUUCUGGGGUCCACCGCAUUGAUGCUGAAGAAAAGCAAGAACUUCGAGCCAUCCGGCUGUCUCGGGAAGAGUGUGGAUGUGACUGUCGGCUGUAUUGUGACCCAGAAGCAUGUGCCUGUAGCCAGGCUGGGAUUAAAUGCCAGGUGGAUCGCAUGUCCUUUCCGUGUGGCUGCUCCAGGGAUGGCUGUGGGAACAUGGCUGGGCGCAUUGAAUUUAAUCCCAUCCGCGUCCGGACUCACUACCUCCACACCAUCAUGAAGCUGGAGCUAGAGAGCAAGCGGCAGGUGAGCCGCCCGGCAGCCCCUGAGGAGGAGCCCUCGCCCACGGCCAGUUGCAGCCUGACGGGAGCUCAGGGCUCGGAGACGCAGGACUUUCAGGAGUUCAUUGCUGAGAACGAGACGGCAGUGAUGCACCUGCAGAGCGCAGAGGAACUGGAGCGGCUCAAGGCCGAGGAAGACUCCAGCGGUUCUAGCGCCAGCCUGGACUCGAGCAUCGAGAGCCUGGGCGUGUGCAUCCUGGAGGAGCCCCUGGCUGUGCCCGAAGAGCUGUGCCCAGGCCUCACAGCCCCCAUUCUCAUCCAGGCUCAGCUGCCCCCAGGCUCCUCCGUCUUGUGUUUUGCCGAGAACUCGGACCACCCCUCUGCCUCCACGGUGAACAGCCCAUCGUACUUGAACAGCGGGUCCCUGGUCUACUACCAGGUGGAGCAGAGGCCAGUCUUGGGAGUGAAAGGAGAGCCUGCUACAGAAGAAGGCACAGCCUCCUUCCCUAAGGAGAAGGAUGUAAGUGUCUUCUCCCUCCCUGUUACCUCACUGGUGGCUUGCAGCCCCACAGACCCAGUGGCCCCCUGUAAACAAGAGGUAGGGAAAGCACCCACUCUAGAAGCGCUCUUGCCCGACGACUGUGACCCUGAGGAGCCCGAGAAUGAAGACUUCCGACCCUCUUGGUCUCCCUCAAGCCUCCCCUUCCGCACGGACAUUGAAGAGGGCUGUGGGGUGGAGAAGAGCUCUCAGCAGAGUGAGGACCGGCCCCCAGAAGAUUCUGCCCUAGAACUCCCCCUGGCAGUGUGAUGUGCGAGUGGAGAUGCUGCCUCUUGCCCAUUCUCUAUUUAUUCCCUUAUUUUAUCUAAUGCCAUUUCAAAACAAGACUGUAGAAGCAGCUGCUGCUCCCAUGGUAUUUUAUUGGGGUCUGGGGAUUGGGUGGGAAAAGAUUGUUUGUACAAGUAUUUUUUAAAAGGGAAACAGUACCAAGGAGACCAGGCCCAGCUUCAUGUGGGGGUAGUGUCUAAGAGGAGGCCGCACAGUGCUGAAUGAGCUUUCUGGACCAUCAGAACAAAGAUACAGAUCUCACAGGAGGAGCUGAGGAAUUCAAGCAGCUGUUCUUUACAUAGGGACCAGAACAGGAAUUUGCCUGGCAAAGCCCCUUCUCUCCUGGGCUCCAGGCAGGGUACAAGUUCAUUCUCUCAGUCGUUAUUCUGAUACCCCGUCUUGGUGUAUCAUAGUCAUACAGUUGGAAAGGUCACCUGGUUGAAUCUACAGAGAAGAGGUGGAAGAGUCUGUUCCUGUACAAAACCUCCAGGAUUUCUAAAAAUUUAACCUGCCUAUUUGGUAAAUAAGUUAAUAUUUGACAUGUUUGAUGUUCUCUGACCUGCUCCCCACACUGGGGAUUCCUGGUCUGUAACUUGAAUUGUUUCUCACAUGUUCUUAGGUACUAGA